CAGGAGAUUGUUCGUCAGUGUGUUCAACGACGAUGAAAAAUCACGUCAGAGAUUCGAAACUACAUAACCUAUUUCAAACUUAACCUAUAGUGUGUUACCAGUUCCAUAUCGAUAACCUAAAUAGCGUCGCUUCUUCUAUCUCGUCAUUGAGAAAUUUUUUAAAACCACGUGCAAGUAUUUGUAAUAGCCAAAAUAAACACUAAAAAAAAAAGUAAUUUAUUUAAAAAUAAACAUGGUCAUAGCAAUUGGUUUUGAAGGUAGUGCCAAUAAGCUGGGUAUAGGGAUCAUUCGUGAUAAUACAAUAUUAUCAAAUGUAAGACACACGUAUAUUACUCCCCCCGGUGAAGGAUUUUUACCGAAAGAAACAGCGAUCCAUCAUCGAGCCCACGUACUUGAAGUACUAAAACAAGCUUUACAUGAUGCAAAAUUAACGAUGAAUGAUAUUGAUAUAAUUUGUUAUACAAAAGGUCCAGGAAUGGGUGCACCAUUAACUGUACUUGCUAUUGUUGCUAGAACAGUUGCUCAACUGUAUAACAAACCAAUAAUAGCAGUCAACCAUUGUAUAGGUCAUAUUGAAAUGGGAAAAUUAAUUACUGGCAGUGAUAACCCUGUAAUUUUAUAUGUCUCUGGGGGAAAUACACAAAUAAUUGCCUACUCUAGGCAGAGAUACAGAAUUUUUGGUGAAACAAUUGAUAUAGCUGUUGGAAAUUGUCUGGAUAGAUUUGCUAGAUUGCUAAAACUCUCCAAUGAUCCUAGUCCUGGUUAUAAUAUCGAGCAAAUGGCAAAAAAAGGAACAAAAUUAGCAUCUUUACCAUACACUGUAAAAGGCAUGGAUGUAUCAUUCUCAGGAAUUUUAUCACACAUUGAAGAACGUUUAGAUGAUUGGCUCAACUCUAAUAAAUACACAAAAGAGGAUUUAUGUUUUUCAUUACAAGAAACAACAUUUUCAAUGCUUAUAGAAAUAACAGAACGAGCAAUGGCUCAUGUAGGUUCAUCAGAGGUUUUGAUUGUCGGUGGAGUUGGUUGUAAUGAAAGACUUCAAGAGAUGAUGAAUAUAAUGUGCAAAGAAAGAAAAGCUAUUUUAUAUGCUACCGAUGAGCGGUUUUGUAUAGACAAUGGUGUGAUGAUUGCUGUUGCCGGAUUACUUCAAUACAAAAGUGGAAAAGCAACCCCUUGGUUGGAAACAACAUGUGUACAACGAUAUCGAACUGAUGAUGUAUUAGUGUCAUGGAGACAGUGAUGAAUUUAGUUAAUAUUAAUCACUUAAAACCCAAUCAAAUUCAUCUAGAAUAUGGGGUGAAGGUGUUCGGUAUCAAGAUAGUAGCAGAGUUGUUGACUAUAUCGACCAAGCAAGCGCAUUACUGGCUCAUAUCCAAAUAGCGCUCCGUCACAAACAUGAAGCCAGCAGCAGUAAGAGCAGCUGAGCGAUUCAGUCUCACAGUCAUCCCGUCCUCGGGGAUUACAAGCUCUGCUUCCUUGACCAAAAUUAAAGUGUUCGCUAAGCUGUAUUGUUUUUAAUUGUUAUGUUCUGCUAGAUUCGUUACUCAUAGUCUAAGUGUAUUUUGAAAGCUUGUGAUUAAUCAAUAGUGAAGGAAAAAAAAAAUACAAUUAAAGCGCGUGGUAAACGUAGUUUUAAGGGGCACACAUGGCAAUCAAUAGUGAAGCAAAUCCUCGUUGCUCGCAGCGCCCAUGAAACAAGUGGUAAAGCACGUUUCGCAAGCUCCGACUAGAACGUUGAUAGUUUACUUGUGACGAAAUAUGUUGAGCUUACGAGAGUGUGACGUAUUGAGUACGAAUCAAACAGAGACACCAACGAGUUUUUCUUAAAAAGGUGAGAGACACAGGAUGUUAAAGUUUUCCAAUAACACUUCAAUAAUUGAUAUUCAAGUGAGAGAGUUCAUUUAGAUAUGUGCAUGUCCUUUUAUGUAUUUUGCCUUUUUAAUUUAUCAAAACAUUGUCAGCAAACUAAUGCAAUGAAAACAAUUUAUUCUUUUAUUUUUGAUAUUAUUUUAUUUAUAAUCUGUAAACAUGCUGAUACAACAAUGACAUGUACAUAAAUACAGAACGUUCUGAAGUACGGUGAUCGCGCAGUAUUCAAUACACUAAAUUUCAAAUAUCAUCCUUAUUUUUUUGUUACUUUUAGAAAGCUUUGUAAUUAAAUCAAUAAUCAAGAGCAUGUUGAAAUAUAA